AGCAUCUCUCUGUUGAGGGUGGGAGCAGAUGGCUCUGUGUUGAAGUCUUGUCUGAAAGCUACAUUCUUCCCACCUCUACUCACCGAGGCCUGACCUCAGGAAGGAAUGUGGUCUGGCUUCAUGUUCUACCAUUUGAGGGCCGGACUUCAGAUCUGGUUGGCUUGGAGACCUGGGCAGCAGCGGGAAGGCAGACCAUGGCCUGGUCAACAGCUCGACUCCCUCUGAAGUCCUGCAUGAUCCUCACCCACAGUAGCCUUCUGCUGCUCCUCAAUUUGGGGUCUGGCACACCCUGGAAAUCCUGGUACUCUCCUCCACUCUACGUCUUCUACUCUGCAGGGUGGGUGCAGGCUCUGAGGGACCAGACAGUUAUGACCCAGAAGGCAGCCAUACUCCUCAACCCAGUCUUGGCCAACAAGAGUAACCUUGCCAGCCUUGACCCCAGCUUCCUCUGUGACUUUACCUGUACGGAGGUGUCUGGAAUGAGCAUUGAGCAUGCCCAGGAGCUGGCCAUGGCCAUAAAGCAGAAGAAUAUCACACUCCGGGUGGAUCAGCUGCACUGUCUGGCACGUCACCUCUCCAAGCACCUUGUCCCCAAGAACCUGAACAUCUUUCCAGUGGAUAUGUUGCCCUUCUUCAACCCAGACUUGUUCACUGGGCCCCAGGCCUGUACCCAGUUCUUCUCUGGCAUCGCCAAGGCCAAUGUGGAUGUGCUUCCACGGGGAGCUCCUGAGCGGCGGCAGCUGUUGCUUGCAGCUCUGGCCUGCCAGGGUGUGCAGGGGUCUCUGGUGAGUGAGGACAACGUGCAGGCCCUGGGAGGCCUGGCUUGUGACCUGCCUGGGCACAUUAUUGCCACAUCUGCAGCAGUCGUCCUCCCCCGGCUGGCAACCUGCCCAGGGCCCCUGGACCAGAACCAGCAGGAGGCAGCCAGGGCAGCUCUGCAGGGUGGAGGAACACCGUAUGGCCCCCCAUCAAGGUGGUCAGUCUCUACACUGGAUGCUCUACAGAGCCUACUGGCUGUGCUGGACCAGUCUAUCAUCCGUACCAUCCCCAAGGGAGUCACAAAUGCCUGGCUACAUCAUACCUCCCAGGAGCCAUCUGGGCGAUGGCCUGAUCUGACUACCAUCCUUGUGAGGCUCAAGCGGAGCACAGAAGAAAAGGUCUGUCCCCCAGGGCGGAAACCCCAGGUGGUAGAUGAAGACCUCUUCUUCUAUGACAACUGGGAACUGGAGGCCUGUGUGGAUGGUGCCCUGCUGGCCACACAGAUGGAUCGCGUGAAUGCCAUUCCCUUUACCUACCAGCAGCUCAACAUUUUUAAGCACAAGCUAGAUGAGACCUACCCACAAGGCUACCCUGAGUCCCUGAUCCUGAGCCUGGGCCACUUCUUCUACUUCAUGAACCCUGAGGACAUUCAGAAGUGGAAUGUGACCUCUCUGGAUACAUUGAAAGCUCUGCUCAAAGUCAGCAAAAAGCCAAAUAUGGACACCAAGGAGGUCACUCUGAUUGCCCGCUACCUGCAAGGGAGUGGCCAGCUGGACAAAGACACUCUGGAUGCCCUGGCUGGCUUUCAUCCCACCUACCUGUGUGCCCUCAGUCCUGAGCAGCUCGGGUCUGUGCCUGACAGUCUCCUGUGGGCAGCCAGGCCUCAGGACCUGGACUCAUGCAGCUCAAAGCAGCUGGUCGUUCUCUACCCCAAGGCCCACUUGGCAUUCCAGAAUGUGAGCAAGCCAGAGUACUUGGAGAAGAUCUCGCCCUUCCUGGGUGGGGUCUCCAUCGAGGACCUGCAUGCCCUCAGCCACCAGAACGUAAGCAUGGACAUGUCCACAUUUAAGAAGCUGCCAGUCAAGGUUGUGGAGCGGCUGACUGUGGCUGAGGUGCAAAACCUUCUGGGACCACACAUGGCAGGCCUGAAGGCAGAGGAGAGGAACAGUCCUGUGAAGGAAUGGAUCUUCCAGCAGAGACAGGAAGACCUGGAUAUGCUGGGGCUGGGACUCCGUGGUGGUAUCCCCAAUGGCUACAUGAUCCUGGACUUUAACUCUCGAGAGGCCUUCUCUAGAGGAACCCUCCUCCUUGCAUCUGGAUUUUUGCUGGCAUUGAUUCUGGUUCUGCUUGUGGCUGGGACUCUGAUCUGAGGCUACCAUUCCCAGUGUUCCUGGCCUCUGCUCACUGUGGAGCUCCACUAUGUGGGAGCAGGCCCAGGUGAUCACCAUCCGGCCCAAGGGCAUUUGAGCUCAAUAAAAAGUGGCCUAUCCCUCUGCAGACAAGUCCUGUGCUGUUCCAAGGACCAGUGGGGAUGGAGCUUCCUGUAACCUGUGAAUGAGAUUCCCUGAGUUCCCCUCUCCCAGUGUUUGGAAGAUGGGCAUGAUGGUGGGGCUUCAAGCCAGUGAGGGCUAUCUGAAGCUUUCCAGAUGGGCUUGCUAUUGUCCCCGAGGUGGUAGCACUCCUAUUCCCAAGCCUCCAGCUAAACAGUGUCUGCAGGAGGGUCUCUGUGCACCUGUUGGCCCCAGGAAAGACAUGGGCAGCAGAUA